CCCAGUUUGGGUAACAGAUGUCGUGUCUGCUACUUUGGACCGGUUCUGGCCCAAAACUGGUUACUGGUCAGGCAAGUGACUCCUUACUGAGUUUGGGCCAUUGUUCAAAAAGACACUGGGGCGGAUCCGUUUUACGAAGUUGGGCUCCAGUUAUAUUUUGCUAUAUGGGUUGUUAGCAGGUGCGUUGUCAGGGUAACACAGUCACUAGUCCUACUACAGUAUUUGCUUGCAAAGGAGCAUAACAAAUAAAUAUAACAUUGAAACAUGUUUUAAUUUCAAGAAAAAAGGGGUAAUUAAUCCAAAGAAUAUUACAGGACUCUUCAUGUUGAACUUUGUCACUGCAUGCCGGGCCAGAUUGAAGACAUGAGUGUGCCAUGUGGCCCACAGGCCAUAUUUUAUUAACCCCUGUUCUAAGGUGUUUGUUAGAGCUUGUACAUUUGCCAAAUUUUUCCAUCUGCUGGAAAGGAAAUGGACCUCAGAAAAAAUUAUCUGUGCCAAAAGGAGGGCGUGUCUGUACAAUUAUUUUCUAACUUUUUACUGUGUCGUCUGAGGAGUGGUCUGCAGUCACUAGAGAAAAUAUUGCAUUUGGGAGAGUAGUUGUUUACUUGUUAUAGUUGUGUUGUAUGUCUAAUUUAAAUAGCAAUUAGUUAAAGUUAAGAUUAUGACAAAGCGAGACUUACUACCGUGGUCUUGUGUUUAUGUGCGAGUGAUUCACUGAACUGUGAAACUGAGCGCAUGGUCAGCGGACUUUGAGCGUGGAAAUCAAUCAAUAACCGCCUUCCUUCUGGCUGUGGUCAGUGUCUGCGUCAAAUGCAGACACUUCGCCUUAUCUCGCUCGAUGGACUUCUACAAACUUAACUCUUUAGAAUCAUUUGAGGAGGUUUGGGGUCGUUAUGGUUACGGAGAAAACCUAGAGGACGUGCUUGAGGCGGAGUUCACGCGGAUUAAAGGAACUGUAUAUCUGGAUCAUGCAGCAACUACUUUAUACCCGGAAUCACUGGUUAGAAGCUACUGUCUGGAUAUUUCAAGAAACGUAUAUGGAAACCCUCACAGCCACAACCCAAGUAGCAGGUUGACACAUGAGACCGUGGAGAGGGUCAGAUACAGGAUAUUGCAGCAUUUCAACACUACCCCUGAGGAGUACGCUGUGAUUUUCACUUCUGGCUGUACGGCUGCUAUCAAAUUAGCGGCAGAGGUCUUCCCCUGGAGGUCACAGACGGAAAGCGAAGAAGGCAGUCACUUUUGCUACUUCACUGACAACCAUACAUCUGUUGUUGGCAUAAGAGGACUAACAUCUAACUGGGGAGUAGUUACACUGCCCGUCUUCCCUGAGGAAGUGGAAAAUAGGGCAAAAGAUAAGGCUCAGGGUGAAGAUACGGUUUGUCAGACGCCACAUCUGUUCUGCUACCCAGCACAGAGCAACUUCUCAGGGAGGAAGUAUCCCCUUAGCCAUGUAAAAGGCAUUCAGGCAAGACGUCUUUACCCAGCAUGUGACCAUGGAGGCCAAUGGUUUGUGCUGCUGGACGCAGCCUCACUUGUCAGCUGUUCCCCACUAAACCUCCAAGACUGCCCUGCUGAUUUUAUUCCCAUCUCCUUCUACAAGAUAUUUGGCUUCCCCACAGGUCUGGGGGCUCUCCUUGUACGUAACAAUGCAGCAGGCAUACUAAAAAAGGCUUAUUUUGGAGGAGGCACUGCAGCCGCUUACCUUUCUGGAGAAGAUUAUUAUGUGCAGGCUGCAAACCUUUCUGAUAGAUUCGAAGAUGGCACUGUCUCAUUUUUGGACAUCAUUGCCCUCAACCAUAGUUUUGAAGCUCUAUACAGGAUCACCGGGGGAAUGCAAAACAUACAACAGCACACCUUUGGUUUAGCACGUUAUACUUACAUGCUUCUGUCAAGUCUUUGCCAUGGCAACGGGCGACCAGUGGCACAGAUGUACACACAAGGCCAGUUUGACAGUCCAAGCACACAGGGUGCAAUACUAAACUUCAACCUUAUUGAUUCUCAUGGAGAAAUAAUUGGAUAUUCUCAGGUUGCCAGAAUGGCAAGUUUGUUCAACAUUUAUGUACGCACUGGAUGCUUUUGCAACACUGGAGCCUGUCAGAGUUUUGUUGGGAUCACAAAUCAGCAGAUGAAGAGAAACCUGCAGGCCGGCCACGUCUGCGGAGACACGGUCGACAUAGUGGAUGGGCAGCCAACUGGAUCUGUACGCGUGUCAUUUGGCUACAUGUCAAUAUUUGACGACUGUCAAAAGUUUCUGAAUUUUGUUGCUGAGUGCUUUGUGAAGAAACCCGUGACAGUAGACCAUGCAAGACUGGAGAGGCUUAAAGCAGCUAGCGCAUCAAAUGAAGAGACAACUGUCAAUAUCAACGAAGUAACACGCAAAGUUGAAGAAAAAAAAGUUUUGCAGAAGGGAUUUGAGCAUGCGUGCGUGAGCCGCGAGGGGCCUUAUACAUUGACUAACAUCUACAUAUAUCCCAUCAAAUCAUGCGGUGCAUUUGAGGUCCACAGCUGGCCGGUAGGACCUCAGGGUUUACUGUAUGACAGAGGCUGGAUGGUGGUAAAUGGAAAUGGCGUGUGCUUGAGUCAGAAAAGAGAGCCGCGUUUAUGCCUCAUUCGCCCACAAGUUCAUCUGUCCUCAAACGAAUUGCUCCUGCAGGCAUCAAGGAUGAAUACCAUUUCAGUUCCAUUGGAAAUCAGAAGUGGAACGCACGCAAGCUCUCCAAUCUGUCAGAGUAAAGUUUGUGGUGAUAGAGUGGAGACUAUUGACUGCGGUGAUAAGGCUGCAGCGUGGCUUUCAGUCUUGCUUGGACAGCCAUGUCGCCUCAUAAGACAAAAUCCUGAUUUCACUCGACAUAUGAAAAAGAAGUCUGAUACAAGAGCCGCCAUCUCCUCGUCACUCUCCCUGGUGAAUGAAGCGCAGUAUCUCAUGAUCAACCGUGCAAGUGUGGAGCUCAUUCACAAAGUAAUGAGCAGCAGGCAAGACGAUCCUGAGAUUGACAUAGAGAACAUCAUCGGUCGUUUCCGAGCCAAUUUUGUUAUCGCAGGGUUUGAACCAUUUGAGGAGGACAUGUGGUCAAACUUGAUUAUUGGCAACGUUCCAUUCAUGGUAAGAGGGCAAUGUGGACGGUGCCAAAUGGUUGGAGUCGAUCAGAGCACUGGAACCAAAACAAAGGAGCCUCUGAUAUCUCUUUCUGCAUACCGCAAUGGAAAGGUUACAUUUGGUGUAUACUUGACCCACCAGUUGCCAGACGAUUCACCAACAGCUGGUGUUCUCAGUGCUGGUUCCCACAUACUGCCAGAGCUCCAUGCUUCUUAAAGUGGUUAUCAUUAACAUCUAAUUCUUCAGCAAACACUGGGGACUUACUUUAGAGAACUAGGGGAUUCAUAUUAUGAUUGCAGAUACCUGUUGAGUGUUCACAGAGAUCUUUUCUAAUUUGUUGUGUAUUAUUUUGGUGACAUCAAAGGCAGAUUAGAAGCAUAUCAGUCCCUGAAAUCCUGAAAGAACAAUCUUAUUUUCUCCAAUGUCUGAGCUUUUGAGUGUAUAUACUAAUAUAUGUAGGCCUAUAAGUUUUCUUGUGUAGUGGAAUGAAUUAAUUGCAAAGGAUUAAUUUCAAAUCUCUAGUAUGAAUACGCAAUUCCUGGCAGACAGAAAAUUUCACAAGUCAAGGCUCGAUGCAAUCACCGAUGCUGAAUUUAGGAUGCUCAACAAUUCUUCCUCUGGUUAUCCCCGUUGGGCUUUAUAUAGUUUUUAUUCCAAACACACCACUCAUCCUGCUACCAGCAAUCCAAAGCAGAUUUUUCCCAGUGAAGAUGAAAAAUAGCAGAUAGGCUGUAUUAACCCCUAUGCUUCCCCUCUCACACAGAUAGCACUCCCAUCCCUGAAUUUGUUAUUAUUGAGUCACCUACUGCUGGAGUAAACCAUUACAAUUUUUAUUUUUUUUUGCACGCGCCAUUGCUCAAAAACACAUUUUUAUACUCAUUUCAAUUGUAAAACAUUCAUGUGUAUUGUGUUAUUUUCAGUAGACAGUCGACAGUAUACAAGGUUUUGGAGCAAGGAAGACAGCAAAUUCUGAAUUAUGGAAACCUCAAAUUUUGAAAUAGCUGUUGGACUCAAUAGUCCGAAGCAUAUGGUAGAAAACACAGACAAGGCUGAAAAAGCAGUUUCUGCUUUUGUACCCCUCUCUAAAAUAAACUGUAUUGUAAGCCAAACGAACUGUUGUUUUUGAUAGAGCAAUAUGUCUAUAUGCGGCCAUAGCAUUUUCAUGGCCAUUAACCCCAGAACUAUUUUUAAUGUGUCUGUUUUACCAUGGAGACCCCUGUCUACCGACACUGCGCAACCGCUUUUUUUUCAACCCAGCCAUAAA